CAGCAAAUCUCACCCUAAAAAUAGUCCAUUUCACUGUGAGACCUUACACACUGUGUCCCACUCAUACAAGGACGGCUGUUCUCUCAGGUACACCAGGGAUACUGCUAUAUUAGUAACCAGACAGAAGAUGCCUGCUGACACACCCAUCCGAAAAAAGCCCAAUGCCUAUGCUUCUGUUGUUGAUCCAGACACGGGGUACUGUACACCAGGGGCAUUUGAACUAGAGAGACUCUUCUGGCAUGGAGCACCAAAAUAUACUCAUGUUAAUGAAGUGUGGCCUAAUCUUUAUAUUGGAGAUGAGAAAACGGCAUUGGACCGAUACAGCCUUGAGAAGAAUGGUUUCACCCACAUUUUGAAUGCAGCUCAUGGGCGCUGGAAUGUUGACACUGGACCUGAGUAUUACAGUGAUAUCACAGUCGAAUAUUAUGGAGUGGAAGCAGAAGAUUUACCGUCCUUUAACCUUAGUCAGUUCUUUUACCCUGCUGCUCAAUUUAUCCGCAAUGCGCUAAGCAGCCCUAGCAGCAAGGUGUUGGUGAACUGCGCUAUGGGUCGAAGUCGUUCUGCCUCCCUGGUUCUGGCAUAUCUCAUGAUCUAUGAGAACAUGACUGUUGUUGACUCAAUCAUGCAAGUGUUGAAACAUCGAUGCAUUCUGCCCAACCGGGGUUUCCUUAAGCAGUUAAGAGAGCUUGAUAUUCAGUUGGCUCUGGAGAGGCGGGGCACAGAGGACACAGCCAAAAAGGCACAAAAGGAUGAUUAACACAAACAGUAAAUAUAAGAAAUGACAGAAUGUGGCAAACCUCUGUUGCAACAAUGAAAAAAAAAUGAGGGAAACGAACUGGCCUUCCUAAUCCAGGUGAACUUCAAAGUCAGCCAAAAUACUGUCACUAUGCAGAUAACUCAAAUAUCUUUAAAACCAUUAGUCUUUUUGCACAAGUGAAGAAAACCUUUGAUCAACAAGAGGAGCAAUUAUUUUAUUGGAGAACUAAUUUCAUAGUUACAGUAUUCAAAUAACAAACGUAGACUCUGUACAUGGACUUUUAAAGGUGCCCUUGAAAGAGCUCUUGCAUGGAUCAUAUAAGACCCGACCAUUCAUGUUAGACUAAGGAUGCAGCACUGGUUUUGUUUAAACUGAAUGCCUUCACACUAAACUCUUCCAAUUUAGAAACCUGCAUGAGUUCAUAUGAAACCAAUAUAAUAAGAAUGUGGUUUUAGGAUAACAUUUGUAUAUCUGAUUGCAUUAAAGAUUACGUAUAAUUGUGUAUGAA